UCUAUAUCCAAGUUAUUAUUAUGAGCAUGUACAUGUACGUUUAUAUACAUAGUGGAAACACGAGAAGUGCAAUCCUUGUGCAGGAAGCAUAGCCAUAGCACGAAAUGAACAUGUGGCAAAAAAAAAGGGACAUGGGAGAGAGAGAUGAUCUCAUUUGCGCGCGCGCGGCAUGAGAUGCGAUCUCAUCUGAUUUCUGGCCACUGUUUGCCAAGAAAAGCAUCGUGUGGCUAGCUUGCUUUGAAGCUAAGGGUUCCAUAAUUCCACGAGUCAUGAUGGCAAGCCCAACAAUGAUGUGUUUGGAACAAUCUAGGUUUCCUGGCAGCUGACUUGUCAAAAUCCAGCGUGGUACGUGACAGAAAAGCUCUAGCUCCCCCUCCUCCUUAUUGGUCCUGAGUCAGCAGCUGCCCCUGCUGCUGCCUUUUUUUCUUCGUUCCACUAACUACAAUGUGCCCACAAACCCAACUCCUCUCGCUCUCUCCCCGUCUGCCCCUCUCUUGACGACCUCUUCCCAAAUGAAGCGCCCGCAACCGCAACAAGCUGCUGCGGAGCAGAUCAUGGCGCUGUACGACGCCUGCUGGUUCCGCCGCCUCGUGCUGCUCGCUUCCCCUCCUCCCGCGGCGGCACCUCGGCCAUCUGUACCGGCGCAGCAGGCGCCGGUGGAGCGCGACGAGUUGGGUACUACGCACACGCCGCAUGCGCAGCGGCCUGCUUCUUCGAGUCCCACGGCCGGCGGGCUGCGGCACCGGCGAACGCGGAGCGACGAGGCUACCGCGGCCGCGUUCCUGGGCAUGGAGCCGCUGAGGCUCCCCGACAGAGGCAACCGCGCGCGCCUCCAGACCAUACUCUCGGGCAAAGACGGGCUCGUGGCCGCGCCGCCGCCGGAACGGAGAAGGCCCGGGCCCGGGAGGCGGCGGCAGCGGCGGCGCGGGCGGAGCAUGUCGGAGCUGGAGUUCGAGGAGGUCAAGGGCCUGCAGGACCUCGGCUUCACCUUCGCCGACGCCGAGGUGGACGCCGAGCUCGCGUCCAUCGUGCCGGGCCUAAGGAGGAAGCGGUCCGAGGAGGACAACAACAGCCGGGCCACGGCGGCGUCGACGUCUUCGGCCCGGCCGGAAGCUGCCGACGACGCGUCCGUGGCCGCCGUCGUGGCGCCGAGGCGGCCGUACCUCUCGGAGGCGUGGGACAGCGAGGAAGAAGAAGAGGUCAGGAGGGCGCUGCGCAGCUGGCGGAUACCGCCGGCUGGCGACGGCAACGAGCUCAAGGAGCACCUCCGGAUGUGGGCGCACACCGUGGCCUCCGCUGUCCGGUGACAGAAUCAACUUCUCUUUUCCUCCUCCUUUUUUUUAAUUGAUCACAAAACGCCAUUGGAGGUUGUCAGUUCGGUGACAGAUCGAAGUUUUGAGCAUGUAUAAAUAUGUGACCAAUAUUCGCAUGGGCAUCUAUAUCCAAGUUAUUAUUAUGAGCAUGUACAUGUACGUUUAUAUACAUAGUGGAAACACGAGAAGUGCAAUCCUUGUGCA